AUGCCACGAGACUGCACAAUCGACGAGUCAUCGCUCCCCUCCGUCUUCCAAGCCCAAUGGAAAUCCAACCCAGAUGCGACUGCGCUCCCCUUCCCGCGUGACAACCCACCUUUUGCCCUCACAGCAAUCGACUGGCAGCAGCUGUCCCUUACAGACGCACAGUACACGCCGCACUCAUGGACGAAUCUCCACGAACUAAUUUCGACGCACCAGCUCGAAGCGCUGAAGCGCUGGCCGAGCUCUCUAAAAGCCUAUCUAGCAUGGACUGCGCAUGCCAAAGCCAAAUACGGGAGUAUCAUGGCGUACCUGCUUAACCAGCGCUUAUUCUGGGAGCCGCUGGAAGACGACACGGGGGCGCUGCGGUUCCACGUGCAGAAGGCAGAGCCGUUUGCCGACGCGGCGGAUUUCAAGAUCCUGCGCAACGACUGGACGUAUGGGGUUGAAGACGGGAUUCGCCAUAUUGUCGUGUGGAUCAAGCAGCGGCUCCCCGUUGACGAGAAGGGCGCGCUGAGUGCCGAGGGGCGGCGCAUGGUGGAUGGGUUUGUGAAGAGGGAGUUUAGGGCCAAGGCUGGGGAGAUGCGGGAGGGGGACAAGGUCAUGUGGUUUAAGAAUACGACGGAUUUGCAGAGCGUGAGGAGCUUGGAGCAUGUGCAUGUGCUGGUGAGGGAUGUGGAUGAGGACGUCAUGACGGACCUGAUUCGUGACUCGGCUUUUGGCCACUGCGUUCGACUCGUGACGCGAAGAAAGUAUCUCCAGUAUCCCGAAGAAAAGGACCCCGAGGCCUGGAAAAAGUAUGUCAAUCCGGAAAAGUCAGGUUAUGCUGCGUUCCAUGGAUCGACGGAACCGCCCUCCAACGCUGGCGAUCUCGAGGAACUCAGGCAGGCGCAGGAUGGGCGUGGCCGCGAAGCAAGCGACUCGGAUUCUUCAAGGACACUGGGUGGUGUGAAUGGAGAUAGUGGUGUCCGCAUAGAUUCUGAAAAGGGACGCGACUACCAUGUUGUUGACUGGUAUGGACCAGAUGACCCCCAAAACCCACGGAACUGGUCUCGGGCCAAGAGGUACUUUGUCACCUUUGAGAUUUGCUUCCUUACUUUCUCCGUAUACAUUGGAUCCGCCAUCUACACUCCUGGUCUUAUGGACGUCAUGCGAGACUUUGGCGUUGCGCAGGUACCUGCACUCUUGGGAUUGACCCUCUACGUCGCAGGAUACGGUCUUGGUCCUCUGAUCUGGUCACCGAUGAGUGAGAUUCCGCAGAUUGGACGGUUGUGGGUAUACAUCGGAACCCUUCUCGUGUUUGUCCUAUUUCAAAUACCUACAGCGCUCGCCGUCAACUUUGGUAUGCUUUUGGCCUUUCGGUUCUUGACCGGAUUUUUCGGCUCGCCAGCUCUUGCUACAGGAGGAGCUUCCAUCGUCGACAUGUACCGACCGCAGAAACAAGUAUACGGCUUGUCAGUCUGGGGAAUAGGCGCAGUCUGCGGGCCCGUGCUAGGUCCAUUAGUCGGUGGAUUUGCCGUCAUGGCCGAGGGAUGGACAUGGACAAUCUGGGAGCUGAUGUGGCUGUCCGGCGUGUGCUGGGUAGUGCUCUUCUUCUUCCUACCUGAAACAAGCUCUGCCAACAUCUUGCACCGCCGAGCAAAGCGGUUGAGGAAGCUGACUGGCGAUGAUCGAUUUACUUGCGAGCCGGACCUUGCCGCGUCUCAUAUGACACCAAAGGAUAUUGUUCUCAUGACGCUGGUCAGGCCCAUCACGCUCAACUUCACCGAGCCCAUUGUCUUGCUGCUCAACCUGUACAUUGCCCUCAUCUACGGUCUGCUCUACAUCUGGUUCGAGUCGUUUGCCAUUGUCUUUGAGGGCAUCUACCAUUUCAACCUUGGCGGCUUGGGUUUGGCCUUUCUCGGAAUUCUCGUGGGCACGCUUCUUGCAGCCGGGGCGCUCUUGGCAUGGAACUACUAUUACCUGGAGAAGCAAUUCGAUGAGAAUGGCAACAUUGAGCCAGAGAAGCGGCUGAUUCCGGCCAUGGUGGGCUGCUUCUUCGUGCCCAUCUGCCUGUUCUGGUUUGGAUGGGCGCCGAGGCCGGAUGUGCACUACAUGGUGCCCAUUGUUGGGUCUGGCUGCUUUGGCAUAGCGGCCUUUAUGCUCUUCCAGGCCGUGUUGCCGUACCUGAGCGACGCGUACCCCGAGUAUGUGGCUAGUGUGCUGGCAGGCAACGAUCUGAUGAGAUCCGCGUUUGGUGCGGGGUUCCCUCUGUUCGCCGGUGCCAUGUACAAGAAGCUUGGCGUCGACUGGGCGAGCAGCCUGUUGGCGUUCUUGGGCGUUGCUUUUAUCCCCAUCCCGUUUGCGCUGUACAAAUGGGGCAAGCAAAUCAGGCACAAGAGCAAGAUGGCGAGAAAGGACAUUUGA